ACAUCAAAGUCAGCCCACUCUACAUCAGAGUCAGUCCCCUCUACAUCAAAGUCAGCCCACUCUACAUCAGAGUCAGUCCCCUCUACAUCAAAGUCAGUCCCAUCAACAUCAGAGUCAGCCCACUCUACAUCAGAGUCAGCCCACUCUACGUCAGAGUCAGCCCACUCUACAUCAGAGUCAGCCCACUCUACGUCAGAGUCAGCGCCCUCUACAUCAGAGUCAGCCCACUCUACAUCAGAGCCAGUCCCCUCUACAUCAAAGUCAGCCUCCUCUACAUCAAAGUCAGCGCCCUCUACAUCAGAGUCAGUCCCCUCUACAUCAAAGUCAGCGCCCUCUACAUCAGAGUCAGUCCCCUCUACAUCAGAGUCAGCGCCCUCUACAUCAGAGUCAGUCCCCUCUACAUCAGAGUCAGCCCACUCUACAUCAGAGUCAGUCCCCUCUACAUCAAAGUCAGCCCACUCUACAUCAGAUCAGUCCCCUCUACAUCAGAGUCAGCCCACUCUACAUCAGAGUCAGCCCACUCUACAUCAGAGUCAGUCCCCUCUACAUCAGAGUCAGUCCCCUCUACAUCAGAAUUAG